UGAGAAACAACGACUGAUCGCAUUAGUCAAAACUGUUUACAGGACAAGUUUCGUGUAGAUAAAAAUUGCAUUCAUUGUAUCAGAGAUAUUUUCAUAUUCAAAUAGGCGAAAAAAGUCUUUGUAAGCACUUUAGCAAACUGUCAUUUAACAUUCACUGAUAAAAAUGAACAUCAAGGAAAGUUUUCUGUUGUGCACAGGUUUGCAAUGGGUUGUACUGGUCUUAACUGUCCUCCUGUUCACCUAUUCGUAACUUUCUUAUUGAGUCAAGAAUUAUUGGAAUGUGUAGAGGAAGUGGAAGAAUGAUCGGUCCAUAUGACUGGAUGUAUCUGGGCUUAGUUUUGGCGUUAGCUUGUGCAUAUAUUAUUUGGGCUGUCAUUUUCACACUCCGAAUUCCACUAUCAGUGCAUAUCAUAUUUGCAGUAAUAACGAAUAUCGCGGUGUCGAUCAUUUGUGGUUUGGAAGCAACUUGUCUUGAAUGGAAAUUGCGUUUGAUUUCACUUGUGUUGGCUACAGUGUUUGCCGUUUUAAUAUUUCUUCCAGCUAUAUUCACGAAGUCAUUCAUACUGUCAAACUUUGCGAUCCAAAUAAUCUGCUCAUCAUUAAUGGGAAUAAUUUUAUUCAUUCUUAUUAUUCUAUUAUGGAUUGGCUUUCAUUUUCAGUUACUUAUUCAAGUAUUGGUUGGUUGUGCAUUGGUGGUUCUGGCGAUAUUCAUCUUUACAAUCGUGAAAUUUGUAUGCUCUGAGAAGACAGACAUAACAACUGGUGGAAGUAUUUUGUUUGCAAGUAUAGCAUUCAGUGUGAUAGCGGUAUCGUAUAUUACCAUCUUGUAUCUGUUUCCCAAACAACUUUACUGUUAGCAGUUUUUUGACCCAGAGCCCGAUUGAUCAACUGAAGAAUUCAGGUGUUUCAUUGUAAACGGAUAUUCCACUUUAUCAGCAUUGUCAGCUACCAGUAAAUGUUUUUUCAUUGAGUGG